GGUUCGUUGAGUUUAAGAACCAAAGGAGAAUUGCGAAAAGAAGAAAUUAAUUUGUUUCUCAGUGUGGAACCAGAAUUAUUGCUUUUUACCAUCAACGGAAGCGGUCAACUGACAUGUAUGACGUGUAUCCGCUACCGGCGACGUGCCUCGGCCGCCGAACGAAGGCGUUUCAUAUACAAGUCUCAGUUUUCAUACUUAAUCCGGAUGGUCGUCACGAUAUGCGACUCGAAUUGUAAUGUAUUUCCUAUUUUCCCUAUGUGAACAGUACUGGAUAUGGAAUGGAAACAUAGCUGCUAAUUUUAUUGAAGUUAGGUCAAUGUUAGCUGUUAGCUCUAGCGGCUAACUAACGCUCUGGUGUAUGUGAGCACAAAGGCCAAACACAGCGCGUCGUUUUUUAACAAUGUACCCCUCUUGGGGAAACUAUCCUGGACAGUAUUCGCAAAAUUAUGGAGGACCCGGAGCACGUAAGCCGCCGGGUGUCAACCCGGCUGGGGGAUUCGGCGGCUUCGAAGCCCCAUCGAGUGGCUCGCUGUUUUCUAGCCUUCAGGAGCAGCACCUUCAGCAGAUGCAGCAGCUUCAGAUGCUGCACCAGAAACAGCUCCAGUCCGUUUUGCACCAUGGAAACUCCGCCGGUGCUUAUGGCGCUGGGUACACGGGCUCGCCAUGGCAACCAGGGGGCUCGGGAUCUGUAGACAAUUCAGGUGAAGCUGUACAGCCCUUUUACAAACAAGAGACCCCGACGACUACACCUCCUGGUCAACAACAGCCUCCCCCGCCUCCUCCUCAGCCGCUUCAGUCUGAGCCCCAACCUCCACCUCCUGAGUCCGUUUCGUCAAAGCCACCGGAGAAUAAAAAUGCACCCAAACUACCAGAUUCAGACAAGAAUGAUCAGUCUGCCACAGGAGAAGACAAAUCGCUAGCUCUCCAGGAACAACAGCAACGUUGGUACAAGCAGCAUCUUCAGAAUCUGCAGAAGUUAAAGCAAGAAAAAGCCAAACAGAGUCAAAGCAGUGGUUCUAUAAUGACACAAUCACCAGGCCUAACUGGGCCUCCACUUCCUCCACCUGACUCUCCAAAAGGCAAACCACCUCCACCACCUCCAAAAGACGAGCUUCCUGGCCCUCCCCCGCCACCUGAUGAAACAAAGUCUGAUGUUCCACAAGACUCUGUGGAGGCUGCGCGGCUUCAGCAGUUACAAGUAGCUGCAGCACAGUGGCAGCAAGUGCAACAACAGAGAGUGGGGUUACAAUACCAGGCUCUAAUGCAGCACCAUGAAAAGCUGCAAAAGAUUUUGGAACAAUAUCAACAGCUUAUUCAGCAAACGGUUGACACUCAGUCCAUGUCUACUGAAAUGCAACUGAGACACUAUGAAAUGCAGCAGCAGCAUUUUACACCUUUGUUUCAAAAUUGGGAACAUUCAUUUGCCCUGUGGUAUGGGCAGUUCCAGACCUAUCCCCACAAAGACCAACUGAAAGAUUAUGAACUACAGUGGAAACAGUGGCAGGAGCAAAUGAAUGCAACAAAAGCCCAUCUUCAAGAAAGGGUGACCGCUCUAACUCCUAUGGUGCAGUUUCCCCCAGGACAAUAUAACAGUGGGACAAUGGGAAAAUACAGCCAGUAUCCAGGACACGAAAAUCGAAUCAACCAGCAGCCGGCUGUACAGAAUCCUGUAGGGGCACUUGGCCCCAGCUCUCAAGGUUCACAACCACCUGUGUUCGGGCCCUCUUCAGAAUCCUCAGCUUUACCUGUGAGAGGUAACACUCCAGCUGGCAUGGCGGACAGACCUCCAGGCCCUCCUCCUUGUCCCCCUCCAAGCUAUAAUAAUGUUCAAGGUCUAAGUGGAAACAACCCCAGGUUUGACCAACAGCAAUUUGAUGGUCCUCCACGGUUUGACCAACCACAGCAACAGUCUGAGCGCCCUCCAAGGUUUCACCUGCCACAGCACCAUUUUGAUGGACCCCCCAGAUUUGACCAACCACCACGUUUUAAUGGUCCCCCUCGAUUUGACCAACCACCGCAACGUUUUGAUGGUCCCACAAGGUUCAACCAACCAGGGCAGCGCUUUGAGGGUCCACCAAGAUUUGACCAACCAAGACAGCGCUUUGAUGGUCCCCAGAGAUUUGAACAACCUCCUUUUGGACAGCAGUCCAGACAUGAACAGUUUCAGCGACAUUCUGGCCCUCCACCUAAUUUUGAACACCCACCUGUACCCCAACAAAAACCGCAACCAAGUCACCAACAUAAACCAGAAAUUGAAACUAAGCAAGCUGCAAGCAUCGACAUUAACACUCCAGGUAAACCAGAUGUGCAACUAAAACCUGAAAAAGAGAAAAAAAACUCAGGACCAGAUGUUAAGACUGGGUCAGAUGACUUGACCAAUGAUAACUUGCUGGUAAAUGAAGGAUUUUUUCUUCAAAAUGACCCGAUUCCCCAGACAGCAGGUGCAAACGAGAAAGAGAAGAAUUCAAGUGCUGACGGUGUUCCUGAUAAAAGUGUAACUUCCAAACCUCCUAAUAGCAGUUCUUCAACUAAUGCUAUAUCCUCUGUGAAGUCAUUAUCAAGUCCAGUCAACAAGCCGGUCAAACCAGAUGAUACAGAGACUAACAAAAAGCCUCCAGCAAUCGGAAUCCCUCUCGAAGCCCAAAGCCCCAAAAAACCUGUCGAAAUUUAUCUGAGCCCUGAUCCUAUGAGGACAGGCUCUGGAAGGGGACGAGGACAGCCUCCAGGGCCUGCAGAGAUGCGCGGACGAGGACGUGGCCAAAGAGGUCAUGGAGACUUCAGAGGAAAUACAAUGAGCCAUGGAAAAGACACAGAAGAAACAUCCUAUGGUUAUCAGCCACCUGAGGAGGACAUGGUAAUGUCAGAGGAGCAGCAAGACUAUUAUUGGCAAGAUCCUUCCUAUGAGGAGUAUGGGUGUGAAGAAUCUGAGGAACCCACUGAAGAAAUGUGGAUGCCAGAAGACAAUUACUACCCUCCAGAGGAAGAGUAUUAUGAGGAGUCAAGAGGAGGACCACCAAUGGGUAGAGGAGGCCACCCAUUCAUGAGAGGGCGGCCUCCAAUGACAAGAGGAGGGCCUCCAAUGAUGAGAGGCGGUCACCCAUCAAUGAGAGGUAGUCCCCAAAUGAUAAGAGGGGGAAUUUCAAUGAUGAGAGGAGGGCCACCUAUGGCAAGAGGAGGGCCACCUAUGCCACGAGGUGGUCCACCUAUGGCACGAGGCGGUCCACCCAUGCCACGAGGCGGUCCACCCAUGCCACGAGGGGGGCCCCCCUUGGGAAGGGGGGGGCCCCCUAUGCCGCGAGGUGGUCCACCUAUGGUACGAGGCGGUCCACCGAUGCCACGAGGCGGUCUACUUAUGGCUAGAGGCGGUCCACCUAUGGGAAGGGGUGGACCCUCCAUUGGUAGGGGAGGACUGCCUAUGGGAAGAGGUGAACCCCAUGACAUGCACUGGGAAGAUCCACAAUCCAGUGAAUACUAUGAACAAAAUGAAACUUACUGGGAAGAGGUGAGACCUCCAGUGAGGGGAAUGAGACCUCCAUUUCCACCUGGUCAGCGACGCCCCCCGCCUGGUCAUCCUGCUUUUAUGCGAGGGCGAGGACGUCCUCCUCACCCGCUGCAUGGUCCAGUAGACCAUGGGUUAAUGGAGCAUCAGUAUUCAGGUAAUAUUGAAACCGAUCCAGAGGGACAUCCAGUGCACGACCCCCACAGUCUUCCAAUGCAUCCAGAUGUAGCAGGAGGAAGGCGUCGCAUACCACCACCACCUCAUGAAAUAAUUGAGACUAUGGACGAGCAGUUCUAUAAUGACGAAACGAAGAGAGAGUGGCAACCACCACAUGGCAGAGGACAUCCUCCACCUCCACCCAACAGAGGUGGAAUAAGGAGGAGACCUGUGGGCCGAGAAAUGGCAAGAGGGGGAUUAUGGCGCCCUGGUCCAGAACAUGAGGCAUUUAAAGAGGGAUAUAGAGAAGGUUUUGUUGACGAUUUUAGUCAUGGAGAAGAUGGGUAUCGGCACCGGCCACCACUAGAUUAUCCUCCUGAUGGCUAUCACCGUGAUCCUGAGCACUACGAUAGAGAGAGAGGCUAUGCUUUACCAGAGAGAGACUUUCCUCACCGUCCACCAGAGGCUUAUGGGGAUGGUCCCUGGCGAGAGGAAAGAGAAAAAGACCAUCCCUAUCCCUAUGAUGAGCGAGACAGGGAACGGGCAGAACUUAGAAUUCGUGAAUACCGGGAUGAGCCGCCAUAUCCACCUUCAGCACAACCUUCAGAAUGGGAUAGGCCAACGAGACAUGCUCCUCUGCCAGAGAGAGACUAUGAAGAUGGCAGACCUUGCUAUGAGCACAGGGGUGAACCUCCUUUGGAUAAACUUCAAUCAUUCCCACUUACUCCUGGCACAAACUUACCAGAGAGCUCAGUUGAAAAGUCACAAGGAACAAAUUCAGGGAAUGUACUUGCUCUUUCCCAACGUCAGCAUGAGAUUAUCUUGAAAGCUGCCCAGGAGCUUAAACUUAUAAGAGAAAUGCAGGAAGGGAAGACUCCUGGCCCUGAACCUCAGCCUUCAAAAACCUUGCCUGAGCUUCCUGCUGGCCUUCUUGGUUUAGAGAUCCCACAAGAUGUCAGGAAUGUAUUAAAGGGCAUGAGUGCAGCAGCAGUACAAACACCCACAGCUGAACCUGCGUCUUGGGAUUUAAAACCCCCUUUGAAAGACUACAGUUCAACUGUCCAAGCUCCACCCACAGUGAUCCCAAAGACUCUGGAUUAUGCACACGGACAUGAAUCUGGUACAACUGUUGAGCGGAUCUCUUAUGGCGAGAGGAUAGUACUAAGGCCUGACCCAGUGCCGUCCGACCGAGGUUAUGAAAAAGAAGCUUUAAGAGAUCCUUACAGCAGAGACCCUUACUAUGAAAGACGAGGAGAUCCCUAUAUGGAGCGUCGGGAGUACAGCAGAGAAAGGGAACUUUACAGAGAAAAACUUCCACCUGAUUACGAAAGAGAGCGAUUUGAUAGGGAGCGCUAUCCUCCAAGAGAAAGAGAGGACAGGCCUCCCCUUCGGCCAGGAUACAGGGAAAGCGAGUGGGAUUCUCGCGAUCGUGACCGCAGCGGUAGCCGAGAUCGAAUUGAUGAUCCUUACAGAAGGCCUGGCUACGACAGACCUCCAUACGAGCGCUCUGGACUUGACCGCAGCGCACCUGAACGUUACCCCCACACUUCAUCACCACUGAUGGACAGGCGAAGUUAUCAUGAGGACCGGGGGCCUGCAAUCCCUCCCCCUCUGCCUCCUCCACCUCAGCCUGCCCCACGAGUGGAGAAGAAGCCAGAGAUAAAGAAUAUCGACGACAUCCUCAAGCAACCUGGCAGGCAGUCUCGCCCUGAGAGGAUUGUCAUUAUACUGAGAGGACUUCCAGGAAGUGGGAAAAGCCAUGUCGCGAAGCUUAUACGAGACAAAGAAGUGGAAUGUGGUGGCGCCCCUCCAAGGGUUCUGGUUCUGGAUGACUAUUUCAUGACAGAGGUUGAAAAAGUAGAGAAAGACCCAGAUACCGGCAGGAGAAUUAAAACCAAGGUUCUAGAGUACGAGUACGAGCCAGAGAUGGAGGACACUUACCGUAACAGCAUGCUGAAAACCUUCAAAAAAACUCUGGAUGACGGCUUUUUCCCCUUCAUCAUUUUGGACUCUGUUAAUGACAGGGUUAAACAUUUUGAUCAGUUCUGGAGUGCAGCCAAAACAAAAGGCUUUGAGGUGUAUCUGGCUGAAAUGACUGCAGACACUCAGACUUGUGCUAAAAGGAAUGUUCACGGGCGUACGCUCAAGGAAAUUACAAAGAUGUCCAGCAGUUGGGAGCCUUCACCGCGGCACAUGGUGCGCCUAGAUGUUCGGUCCCUCCUUCAGGAUGCUGCUAUAGAGGAGGUCGAAAUGGAAGACUUCAAUCCAGAUGAAGAGCUUGCAGAACCCAAGAAGGAGGAGGAGGAGGAGAGUGAUCUGGGCUACAUUCCAAAAAGCAAAUGGGAGAUGGACACGUCGGAGGCAAAACUCGACAAGUUGGAUGGUCUGGGCAGCAGUGGGAAGAGAAAGAGAGACGGUGACAUGGCAGAUCUGGAGGACUAUCUUCAGCUGCCCGAUGACUAUGCCACACGGCUGUCUCAACCAGGAAAGAAAAGGGUCCGAUGGGCUGAUCUCGAAGAGCAAAAGGAUGCAGAUCGCAAGCGCGCUAUCGGGUUUGUGGUGGGUCAAACAGACUGGGAGAGAAUAACGGACGAGAGCGGCAAGCUGGCACAAAGAGCUCUCAACCGUACCAAAUAUUUCUAAGAAGAAAAUUGAUUAUUCCUGCUUUUGUUCUCCAUUGAAAGGAGCCUCCAAUGUGAAACGUGUCACCAUAGAUGAAGACUAACAGAGGUGAUAUUCACCUGAAGAUAUUACUGUCGCAACCACAGAAAACUAUCAACUGUCACUCAUUCAUUUGUAGACUAUGACUUUUUUGUUGCUUCUCAUUAUAUUAUCUAUAUUCAUUCUUCUUUUUUUUCUAUUUUAUACGUCCUAAUGUUCUAUUUACUCUGUACCUGUGGCACUGUUUUUGGAUCAGUGCUUACUUGGAAAAAAGACAAUAAAAUUUUAAGGAAAAAAAACACAGUCAGCAACUCUGCAUAUUCCCUGAAGGCCGUGACCGUCUGUCAGACAUCAACCACAAGUUUUCCUCCCAGAACUGUGAGUGAACAAAUCAUUUCAGCUAAAAAGUAUUUCUUCCACUCUUGCCUUGUAGCUCUGCUGUUACUAGUUGUUGUGUUUAUAGUUACACUAAGGAAAAUAAACAGCAACAGGACAC